AGGGAGGCAGGCAGGCAGGGAGAGCGGCCGCCGCCGCCGCCGCCGGAUCGGUUUCUCGGGGUUUGACCAGCUGUCCCAGGCUAACCCUCUGCUCUCUGAAGAUGGAGGAAGUAAAAACAGGAUUACCCUUAGCUACGGCUCCUCCGCCGCCUUAGUCCCCCCACAGCCAACUGCCGUGCACAAACACACCUCCACUGGGCAGAGGGAGCCGACACUAAUAAACACACAAACAAAAGGGGGAUGGAACUGACUCACUGCCUGCGCGGCUGAGUGUGUGCCUGCCUACCUGGACUAGGGGGAAGAUAAGCACUGCACUUUGACUAUGGAAGCAGAGGCUGUUGAUGGAUAUAUUACAUGUGACAAUGACUAUUCGCCUGAAAGGGAGCACUGCGGCAUGGCCAUCGACCUCACCUCCAGCACUCCCAAUGGGCAGCACACCUCCCCCUGUCACAUGGCAGGCACAAAUUCAGUAAAGCUAGAAAUGCAAAGCGAUGAGGAAUUUGACAGGAAGCCCCUGAUUCAUGAAGAUAUUAUCAGAGCUCAUGAUGGAGGAAGCAGCCUGGAAGAUCCCUUCAUUGGGAGUAACGAGAUGGUGGAUAACAGAAAGAUCCAGGAGCUAUCAAGCGAGGGAGGAAUCCGGCUUCCGAAUGGUAAACUGAAAUGUGACGUCUGUGGCAUGGUUUGCAUUGGGCCCAAUGUGCUAAUGGUACAUAAAAGGAGCCACACUGGUGAACGCCCCUUCCACUGUAACCAAUGUGGAGCUUCUUUUACCCAGAAGGGGAACCUGCUGAGGCACAUCAAGUUGCACUCUGGGGAGAAACCGUUCAAAUGUCCCUUCUGUAGCUACGCCUGCCGGCGGAGGGACGCCCUCACAGGACACCUCAGGACACACUCUGUGGGGAAGCCUCACAAGUGCAACUACUGCGGCCGGAGCUACAAGCAGCGCAGUUCUCUGGAGGAGCACAAGGAACGCUGCCACAACUAUCUGCAGAAUGUCAGUCUGGAGGCUGCUGGGCAGGUCAUGAGUCACCAUGUACCUGCUCUGGAAGAUUGUAAGGAACAAGAGCCUGUGAUGGACAACAAUAUUUCUGUGGUGCCUUUUGAGAGACCUGCUGUUAUAGAGAAGCUGACAAGCAACAUGGGAAAGCGUAAAAGCUCCACCCCACAGAAGUUUGUGGGUGAAAAGUUCAUGAGAUUUGGCUAUCCAGAUAUCCCCUUUGAUAUGAACAUAAGCUAUGAGAAGGAGGCUGAGCUGAUGCAGUCUCACAUGAUGGACCAAGCCAUCACCAAUGCAAUCACCUACCUUGGAGCUGAGGCACUUCACCCCCUGAUGCAGCACACACCGAGCACAAUUGCAGAGGUGGCCCCGGUCAUCAGCUCAGCUUACGCUCAGGUCUAUCAUCCCAGCAGGAUAGAGAGGCCCAUCAGCAGGGAAACAGCCGACAGCCACGAGAACAACAUGGAUGGCCCCAUCUCCCUCAUCAGACCAAAGAGUCGAAUCCAGGAUAGAGAGGGCUCCCCCAGCAAUAGCUGCCUGGAUUCUACUGACUCAGACAGCAGCCACGACGACCGCCAGUCCUACCCAGGAAACGCUGCCUUAACCCCCAAGAUAAAGCCAAACCCGGCUUAUGUGAAGGAGGAGGCCAAGCCUUUGGAUGUCACAAAAGCUUCUAAGGGCUCUUUCAAGGAUAUGUACAAGGUGAUCAACGGAGAAGGGGAGCAGAUUAGGGCUUUCAAGUGCGAGCACUGUCGCGUCCUCUUCCUGGACCAUGUCAUGUACACCAUCCACAUGGGCUGCCACGGCUACCGGGACCCGCUGGAGUGCAACAUCUGUGGCUACCGCAGCCAGGACCGCUAUGAGUUCUCGUCGCACAUAGUCCGGGGGGAGCACACAUUCCGCUAGGCCUUCUCAUCCAAAGGGGACUCCUAUGAAGUACAAGAACUGCACAUGAAGAAAUACUGCACUUACAAUCCCACUUUUCCUCAGACAUUGAGACGCCUAUUUUGUUGUUGUUGCUGUUGUUGUUGUUGCUGUUGUUUAAUUAUUAUUAUUAUUAACCUUAUUUUUUGUGGACCCAACCUCAUUCGCUCUGCCCAGCGCUAAGAAUGGAAGGAAGGAAGGGAAUGGAUGAAAGAGGGGUUUGUUGUGGCCGUGGGUUUUUGGGGAGUGACCCGCCUUGCUUGCUGUGGGAAUUGGAAGGCAGUCUGUGUCUGUCUCAGUCACUUGUACACCGCGUCCUCUUUUGGGUUAUCGCUCAACCAUGCCAGGUGCUUUCAAGUCCCAACAAGAUGCCACUCAUUUGCAAUUUCACAGGAAUAGGUAGAAACAUUUCAGAGGAGAGCCUUUUUCUAAUGUGAAGAUAUAGUGUGAGCUUUCAGUGGCUGGAGGAAAGGGAGGGAAUUUGUUCUGCAGAAUGAACAAUUAUUUUUAAAGCAAAACUGGUAGGGAGUUAGGAGCAUGAAUCAAAGUCAAUAUUCGUUUCAAAACUACCUUCAAGGGUGAGCUGUUUUCCUGGGUUCAGUGUGUAUUGCCCCUCUAGAAUGUAAAUAAAUGAAAAAAACAAAAAAAGCAAUUUAUGUCUUAACACUGUACCACAUUACGGCAGUUUAGUUUCAUAAGUCUGAGGGCCUUCUGUGAUAAGUUUGAGGCUUUGUGUUUUUAUUUUCCUUAACUUAUGAAGCACCUUUUUUUUAGAAUUGUUGAUAUUCUGUUACUCCAUGCUAUGUGUUGUCUCACUGGCUUCUUAGAGACCCUUGGGAGCCUUAUUUCUUUAGUUGCACCCUAAGUUUUAAGAAAGAGCAUUUAGAAAUAACAUUUAAACUUGCUUCUAGGACAAUAAGGGGCCUAGGAGCAGAUAAGAGUCUGUAGUUUACUCAAGAGGUUCUGCUGCUCUUCUGAAAUACUUUUGGGUUAAAAUUAUGGAUUUAAAAAUGACAAAAGUACUAGUAGCAAAGUGUUCUUUAAAUAUAGUUAUAUAUAGAUAUAUAAUUAUGUAAAUACUUUCUCAUUCUACUAUCACAGUGUUAACCUCUUGGCAACAGCCUAAACUAAGACUUGCAGCUGGGAAAGCUUUAGGAGCCAGAACCUUGGCCAACAUUAAUUCUUUUGGCUCCAUUGAAUUUAAUGGAACUGUCCCAACUACUUCAGCUACAUCAGGAUCUGAACCUUGACUGUUUUUUUCUCUUGUUGACUUCUUACUUGCUAAUUUGCUGAACCACUGAUUUCCUUUUGUUUGUGUGUCAUCAGUCCUGCUUAACUUAGGGGUGAAAGUAUUAGCAGGUUUUGCUGGGUAGCCUUGGCUCCCGGUGAGCACAGACGCCCUGCAAACCAGCAGGUCACAUACAACCUCCCCUACUUCUUCAGAAAGGGAUAAGUGGAGAUGUAGGUGCUGUGUAUUGAUUUGGACUUGAAGAUUUCAUUUUUAUUCCUAAUUUAUUAAUUUCCCUGUAGGGAAAGCAAAUGGAGAAACACACUCCAGAGAGAGUGCUUGACCUCCAGAUUGGACAAAAAAACAAGUCCACUGUUCUGUUUUGUUUCCUUUCUUUCUCUCCCAGUAAAUAACAAAGCCAGCAAGUUGCAUCAGUAAAAACUGGGCUUAAACCUACGGGACAGAUUGCCAUUGAAACCCAACUGUUUGUACCAAUCACAAUUGAAAUGUUGUUGUUUGGCAACAAGAGCACAGCUUGAGAAUGGAAAGAUCUGGAUGGGUUUAACCCCCUCCGCACGCAUGGUCUCCAUGCGUUGGGGAGACCUUUUCCAAAGGAUAAAGUUACUAAAGUAUAAAAGAGAGAGCAAGAUCAGGCCAUUAUGAAUUCCCAUCUGCUCCCUCCAAUCUGUGCACUUGAUGCAUAUGCCAGUUUGCUGUUCGUUUUGAGGGUACUGGGGUUUUUUUUUUCUUCUUCUCUUCCUAGACCUGGAGCAUUUGAAAGUAGGAGCUGAGUGGUAUUGAUUGAAAUCUUUUUAUGGUGACAUUCUUGGCAGCUAGAACCUGUGUUUAGAAAGAAUACAGUAGAUCAUGGCCAGAUUACCUGAUGACUGCUUCCCAGCACUGCAAUGCUAUUAAGUAGGAGCUGGUAAAGUCUUGCAGUAGCCUAUUAAUUAUAAUACAAUAUGGAGAGAAAUGUCAUCUUGUGUAAUGUGAGACCUAUCAAGGCUGGGAAUAUGCAGGCUUUGGAGAGACAGAUUUAAAGAUCUAUUCCCAACAUUGUUCUUAAUGUCAUUGGGUUCCUCCCCCUCCUUUCUUCACCCUAACAUAGAGGAAACUGGGGCAAAUGAACCAUUCUCAUUGUCUUGUGCAUGGUGCAGUCAAAAGAGUUUGUGCAGGAGAAAAGCAGGGAGGUGCUGGAGGGCAUCGCUUUUAUUCUGUGUUCUCUGCAGUUAGGGAGGUGGGCUUUGUGUCAGGAGGUGCCUGGAAAUUCAGAAAAGAAAAAAGUGGUUGUGAUUUGCUGAGGCAGGAAAGGUCUUUUAAGAACAAAGUGGAAAGGGAAAAGUUCUUGGGCCUUGAGGGUUGCUGGGCUUGCCUGGGCCUCCAGAAAAACACAUGCCCAAGACAGAGAGAAAGGUUGCUGGCAAAUCCUUUCAGUCUCUGGGGGAACCACUCUGCUCUCCCCUCUGUGGUCAGUGAAAGAGCAUGGGGCUGUGGUUUCUUGGAAUAGCUAGCACUAGGGGAAAAGUGUUUAAAAUUUCUGCCUUUGUUUGGGAAAGCACCAGAAUACGGGAAAGGUAGAGAAUCUCUUGUGUAUCCACAAAUCAGUUGGCUGCAAUUACAUCUGCAGUUCCUUAGUGUGCACUUUGGUUCACUGAUGACUCACUGGUAUCUCUGCUAGGGUGUAUUCUGGACAUGUUUAAAGGAUCACAAGGGGAGGCCCACUGGUUUUGGACCUGGCUUCAGUAAAGUCCAGCUUCUUGAUCUAACAGCAGCAGGUGACAUCUGCAUGUCGUGGUGUCACGGGCACAGGGAACUGGGGAGGCACUGGGGACUUAUCUUGGAGAAACUGCAUUUUCUGGAGAGGAAGAAACUUGAGGAGUCACAUUAGUUUUUUAUUAUCAAUGUCCUUUUCUAAACAGUCACUGAAAAAUUUCAUCCUAGACUUAGGAAAAGAGGAAAGAUUAAAUUCUAGUUCAAAUUUUGAACAAAAUUUUGAAUUAACAUUUACUUUAGAAUUCAAUUCCUUCUGAAAAUUUUUAGGGAGCUUUAUGUAAUGCAGUUUGCCCCUUCACAAAAGUGAGCAAAAUGGGUCAGCAGAGAUUUCUUUGGUUGUUUUUUCUUGCUCUCUGCAAGAAUUGGAUUUCUAAGAAAAGCUCUUGAGUUUUGUCAAGUUCAUUAGUCAUUCAUAGUGUACUAGGAAUUUCAGUAGCUAAUCCUUGCCCUCCAAAUCCGUUUGUUCUGAGUAUUUGGUGCUGGAAAUCGAACCUGGCUGAUUUUUAUUGGACUCCUUUGAAAUUCUUGGAAUCAGGUUUCUGGUUAGAAACGUGCAUUUGCAAAUUUAGAAUUGGCUUCCUGUGAGCAUUACCCAUUUUCAUUUAAAAAUAAAGAAAAAAAUCUGUGCACUCAGUUUAGAGGAUUAAAAGACUAUUAAUUUAAAGAGAAGUGUGACUGCUUAUUCUGCUCUUGGUGUUAUCCAUAUCCUUGGAGCAAAGGGCAUUAUCUAUAUAUCUGCAGUUAUGACUGAUGAAUUUUACAGCCACCUCUCUUUGUAAUCAGUUAGGAGUGCACAUCAAAAUAUAUCGCAUUUUUCAGUAAAGCCUGCUCUUAUACUCAGUAAUUUAUGGGAUUAAAAUAAUUUUAUUCUCCUUAAAAAGUGCUUUCAUCUAUGAUGUGAUGUGAAAGGUGUCUAGGCAUUAACCUGUAGUGGUCUGUAGUAGAGAGGAAGAUGUUUAAAUGGGUUAAUUGGUCUGAUUUUUAGUGAUACUGGUUUCUACAAUGUGAGGAACUAGCCCACAAAGUAGUUGUGUUGGCCUAAGGUGAAUAAAUUUUCAAUUGUCAGAGUUUCCAAAUUUCUUUCUGUUUGCAAGGGCUUCCCUAAAUUUGUGCUGUCAGGCAGGAGGUCAGUAAUGAAACCCAACCCUUCAAAACUGGGCUUUCAUGGGGCAUUAUUGCUGUUGCCCAGAUCCUGGGCUAGUUUGUUCUAAUUUGAAAGAAGCCAGACAACAGACACUCCUUCCUCCAGAAAGAAAUUUUGGAGAUAAUUGCAGCAAAGGUGCUUUUUUUCAGCCAAGGGUAGGAGCUACAGUGAUACAGUUCCUUCUCUGGAUAAAUUCCUUUCCUUAACUCUUGCUGUGCUUCAUAAUGUAAUGAAGGGGGAGGAGGGAGGCUGCCAGAGUCACCUAAAGUCGCUGUGGGAUUUUAGGAAAAGGGUGAUGAAACUGGCUUUUCUGCUAGUAAUUCACAUCUUAGCUUGGCUUAAUAGCAUUUAAAAACAAAAAUUGUUGGCCUGGGGCAGCUGGAGAGCUUGAGAAAGUAUAUUUAUAUAUGUAUGGUAUUGUGUAGUAAGGUAUAUGCUUUAUUGUAUAUGUGCCUUUUCCAAAUGCAUUUUGGGAGAUCCUGAUGUCGUUGGUGAUAUCCUACCAGACCCUUUCAGAAUGCACAACAAAAACCAACCCAAAGGAAACAUCCCUUCUGCUCUGCACCCUCCUUGGCAGCCUGACCAGGAGAGAGGACUCUGUGAGAUUUCCUGCAGUCAGAUAGCUUUUAGGAGUGGGAAGGGCUGACAAUUUCCCAAGCCAGAGCUGGUGUGUAGCUGUCCCAGGAGCUGUCCCCUGGCCCUACAGAGAGCCAGGGAAACCUCUCCUGCUUUUUCCCUCUCAGUGCUUUAAGUACCCUUGGAGGUGGGCUUUUCUGUGCUUUAAAGUUCCCACUUACAGCUGGGAGCACACUUUAAAGCACUUGCUUUUUGCUUCAGCCUGGAAAAACAAAUUUGGUGAGUCCUUUGGAAGUGGUUUGCAGGUUUGCCUGUCACGCUGCUGUCCCAGGAAUUAGUGUAGAGACAAGAGAAGCUCAUCAGUAGGAGGUGUUCAGGGGGUUCAGAAGCUGGAGCACUGCUGUGACAAGCACAAUGCUGGCUCUGGGACUUUCCAGCAGGUUGGUGACCUGGUUUCAGGUGCAGUUGUUCCCCUGCAGGGCUGCAGAGCUGAGUGUGCCAGCACAGCCAAGGCAGGAGGGCCACCGUGGGCAAGGUAGCUGGGCCAGCAGGCUUUGGGCUGACCCUGAGCCCAGCAACAGCCCAGGGCCACCCCCUCAGCAGCACACAGCAGCCAAAGAGGGGUGGUGAGGGGAACACUUGGGCAGAAAAGAGCUAGUAUUUGCUUCAUAGUGAGUAGAUUCCCUUUUAUCCCAUUGAUGUGUUCUGAGAUGCAAGCAAAGGAAAGCAUCACUGGUUCCCAGUUUGGUUUCUAAUUUGACCUCCUACAAGCCCACCUGACAGGGUGGGUUGUGUCCUUCUCCUGCCUGGCUCUGAAAUGCCCAGAGGACAGGCAGGAGGAGGGGUGGGCUCAGGCUCUGCCAUGCUGCAUGCUUUACAGGCCAAGGAAACAAUAAAAGGAGUCUCUUUAAUUCACCUACCUUCCCAGCUGAUCAUGCAGAUUCCCAGUUCCUGUUCACUUCCAGCCUUUGGAAAGUUGGCUAUCAGUGUGCUCACUUGGGUCCUCAUCUUUGAAGAUAACUUCCUAAGCUAUCUCCUUCUGUACAAAAUUCUCAUUUUCAUCUUGGAGCUUAAUUCAUCAGUGGGCAGAAAUGACCAUUUCAUAGUUGCGUAUUUGUAGUAAAACUAAUGGUUUUUUAUAGUUGCAAAAAAAAAAAAUACACCAACAAAAAACUGUGAUAUUUUGACUAGCAGUACGUGAAGUAUUUCAACAGAGUGAAUGGCAAUGAAGUUAGUCAGAUCAUGUCUUGAGAGGGGCUGGUACCAUGUGGACCCUUUUGGGAGGAAGGGAGCAGCCUGGCCCAAAGCUGUGGCCAGCGCCUCCUUCCCACUGCAGGUGUUGGUUUAGGUGACUGCACUGCAGCCCAGGAAAACAUUUGAGCAGCAUCAGCCUGGCUGGCUGUUCCAUCCCUUUGGCUGGAUCUGGAAGUGCACAGGAGCUUUGCAGCUGUAUGUGGUCACUCCCAUCCCCUGUGGGAUGAGGGUGCAGCACAGCAGCUCUGGGCAGGCCGCGGUGCCAGCCUGGUUCCCUUAUUCUGUGUAGCAGCCUUAAUCCCCGUGUCCCUGCAGCCUGUGGUGUGUGCCACCAGGCUGGAUCUAGGACAGGUGCCUCCUGCAAGGCAUGGGGGGAGCACGGCUCCUUACGGGCACAGUUUGCAGUCAAUUGGGCCGUUUAGUUUUACCUCAAGUGACAUGGAGUAAGAAAAGCUUCUUGCAGGGGUGGAGGUCACUGAAUCCCUACUAUGCACUCACUGGGAUUUGACAUCACUUACUGGAAAAGGAUAUUCAUUCCUGAACACACUGUAACAAGGGAAGGACUUUUUUUUGGGUUGUUUUUGUAGUCGUUCAGAUUCUGAAACUGUGAUCAAUUAUUUGAUGAAUUGUCAAGUGUCCUCAGAGCUUGAACACGUUCACUUCCUCACCAUGUAGCAGUCUCCUCUGGCUUUCUGUGCUUUUCUCUUUCCCCCUUUUCCUUCUUGGAGCUUUAAGUCUGAGCCUGCUCUUAUCUCCUGUAGCUUUGGGCUGUCUAGGGGUUUGGGGGGUUGGUUUUUGGGUUUUUUUUGUUCAUUGGCUGUACAGUCUGUUUACAUAUUUUUGUACUCAAGUGUAGUUUUUUAUUAAAAGCAGAAAAAAAAAAGAUAGUUGAUUUGAGAAAAAAAAAUAAUAAGGUACGUACUCUUUGUAACACUUUAAAAGAUCUAGGGUACCUUUGAGAUGACUCUACAGUAAUGUAAUUAUAAUACUGUAUAUUUGCCUUCCUUUUUAGUUGGUUUUAUUUUCUAGUUGUUUUGUUUUGGUUUUUUUUUUCCUAAAAUGUAUAUCUUUUUAUGAGAAACUGGAAACUUUUAAUGCAAAUGUUUAGAAAGAUUUAAAAUUGUAAAGUAAAAAAAAAAAAAAAAAAAAAAAAGUCAUAUAAUUUUUUUUUCCUGUUGGAAGAAAAUGCUUUAAAAAAAGUUUUACUACUGUUGUAUUCCAGGGUGGGGGUUACCAACCCCAAAUUUGCUUCUUAUGCUUCAUUCUUGGAUCCUGCUUUCUAAACGUGAUUGUUGCAGACAUGGAUGAUUUGCUUGUAUUAAUUCUAAAAACAAAAAUCACCAAGAUUUGGGUUAUUUUUCUGUUCAAGUGCAAUACUUACCCUGACAUCUUAUUAAUGUACGGUGGUUUCUGUGUUCCUUCCUCAGUCCACACAAAUCAGUGAAACAAAAUGCUCUGCCCUAAAUGCAUUUAAAGAUAUGGUUCAAGUAAACUGAUUGUGACUGACAAAAGAUGAGAAACUGUAAAUUAGGGCUAAAGCCCAUAAUUUACCUCCUGCUUGUUGUUGGCAUUGAAACACAUCCACAUCCAGAAUUACGGACAUCCCUGUUCUUGACUCUUCCUUCCUCUUCUUUUCUAGUUGCAGCUUUUUUAAGAAAAGCACUUAAUAUUGAUGUUUAUUAAAAAUGACAAAAAAUAAAAAGAUCUUUUGGUCUGAUCCAAAACCCACUCAGUGGAGACUCCUGUUGACUUUGACGAUGGAUUUUGGAUUAGGCCUAAUCUCUUAGCUAGGGCAAAACUGCCAUUUACUCUAGGGAGAGAUUUGCCUGCGUGAGAAUUACAGGACUCGUGUCCUUUAUCUACCUGAGAGACCAGAAAAGCUUCUUUAGAGUUGUCCUUGUCUUAUAUAAGUUUAGAUGGGACUUGUUUUACAUAUCAUACAUAUUUAUAUAUAGUGUAUUUUUAAUGCCUUCCCUCCCCCCUCAGUAGACUGAAGCCGCUAUUCUGUAAAUAUGUAUUUAGGUACGUAAUUAAAAAAAUAAUAAUAAAAUCCCAUCGAGAUUUCUUGGAAAGGCAGUUACUGCGCAUGCACAGUAGCCACUUUUGUCUUUUAAAUUUGUAUUUAAGAGAUUUCUUUCUCAUAAUAACAAAGGCGAGGAGACUGUGUCCCCUUCUGAUACAUUGCCAAAAUCGUUGCCCAGCCCCUGGUGUGUGAAGAAGAACACAGCGGGUGACUGUGACCCGCUGGGUCUCAUUUAUUGGGCCAAAUUGCGGGGUCCUGCCGUGGGCAGCCCGGCUCCUGCUGCUCAGGGGGCUGCGCUGAGCAGGGGGACCCGGGCACGGAGCUGUGGCUGUGCCUGUGCUGGGCACGGAGCUCCGGCUGUGUCUGUGCCCACUGGGCGCGGAGCUCUGGCUGUGCCUGUGCCCACUGGGCACGGAGCUGCGGCUGUGCCUGUGCUGACCACAGAGCUCCGGCUGUCCCUGUGUCGGGCACGGAGAUCCGGCCGUGCCUGUGCCCGCCGGGCACGGCAUCUCCCCCGCCUGCUCCGGGGCUGCAGCCCCAGUGCUCCUCUCCUGAUAGCAGCCGGGCCACUAACCUGGGAAACGAGCCCUUUGGUCUCCCAGGUUAAGGAUUUUUAGUUCUGUCAUAGAUCUGCCGAGCUUCAAUUGAGGAAUCUUUUAAAUUUAAAAAAAAAAAAAAAAUUACAAUGACAUCAGAGUUUACUCGAAAAGCCAGUGAAGACACUGGGAAUUGUCCCACUUCUUUAUGUGUUCAUUGGAAGGUGCUCUUAUAAAAGGAGUUCAGAAACAAUCCCUUUGACAGUGGUGCAUGUGAGCAACCCUAAUGUAAACCUGUAUCCCCCUGCUGAAAGAGUUUUGCCGCUAUAGACUGAACUAUGGGACUUGUUGUUAUUUUUAUUUUCUUCUUAGCAUACAUGCAUACAUAUGGUUGCACAUCUGUAUGUGUGUGCUCUGUACCUGUGUGAGUGUUGUACAGCCAUGUGAGAGUGGGAGUCCGUGUGUGUGUGGGUGUGUGUGUGUGUAUAAAUAAAAGAAGCUGCAGAAACUUUGUAAUACUUUGUGAAAAGGAUUAUAUUAUAAAGGUUUGUACUGUCUUGAGUGCACAGCUACUGGAAUAAAUGUAGGGAAUCUCAGGAACAAGCAUAUACUUUGUCCAAGAAUUAUUUCUUCUCAGAAGUGUAAGUGCAGUUUUUAAUUCUGUAUAUUAUUUAAUAUUUUACCAAUAAAAAUAAACUUCUGACA